AUGCUAGUCACUGCUUUUGAGGAAUCUCUGGAAUCAUAUCAUGUUUCUGGUCUUCAAUUAUUCUAUUUUCUUUUUGGCUGCAGGUUUCACGUUCCUGUGAGUCAGAGAUGGGCUGCCAGUGGAGGUUUUGCUGCUAAGCAUCCACUGCCUUCUGGUCAGCAACAGCAGGAGGAUGUCAAUAUAAUGCCUAAGCAGAGGCCUCAGACAUUGGAUUCACUGUUUGCAAACAUGAAGGAGCAAAGAAUGAAAGUUUUGUCAAGACAGAAUAAUGCUGUGCACCACAAUGGAGGUGGGAGCCGGAGGUCUCCAUGGGGAAGAGGUCAAUUUGGCAACUGACAAACUGGCUGGAAUAUGAAUCUCAUGAUGUCACUUUCAGAGUAGUCGUAUGCUUGGUCUGCUGCAUCCCAACCCCAAUCCCUUAGCUGAUGCAAAUAGAAUUUUCCGUGUGCUAGCUGGCUAGAUAUAUUUUUUAUGUCUGGAAUAUUUUUACCCUUUUCAUUUGAACUUAUUUCUGUUCAUUUGCGCUUCCAUUGUAUAUUAGUAUUCUUCCAUGGAA